CUCUGACUAUGUGGAUGUUUUUGAAGGACGCGCUGGCGAUCUUUUCUUGCGAGACUGCAUCUCCUCAGAAGCAACUCGACAAACAGGUUCACUCUUGCCCUCCGCUCUAUCCGUCGCCUAUCUUUCGCGUGUCACGCUGACCUAUGUUUCCCCGCCUCCACAAAACGUAUUGAGCGCCGCCGUUCAAAGUCCAACAUAAACCACAUAAACCCUUUUCACAACAAUCGCGUAGCCUCAAACCGAGAUGGCGGACAACAACGGGCCCCCUCUCCCUGCCCAUCUCAAGCAUAUCGAGGAUAUACGCAGUCUCUCCGUGUGCAAGAUCUGCAUGAGAUCCUUGUAUGAGCCCUACGUCCUCUCGUGCGGUCACACGUACUGCUACACGUGUCUUGCCAGCUGGUUUGGUGGAGCACAGAGGAGAAACAAGAGCAAAAGUUGUCCAGACUGCAGGACCAAAAUCAUGACACAACCGUCUCCCAACUACCUCCUCCGAGAUCUGGUCCACAUGUUAAUUGGCAGAGCCGAUUUGUUGCCCGAAGAUGAGACCAUACAAGAACACCAGGUAGCCAAAGAGGAAGAGGCUGCUCAGCUGGCAGCAGAUCGCAACGGCCCGGGUCUUUUCAAAGGCAUCUUCCUGACACCAAUACGAGCGCAGCUGCGCUGGGGUCGAGGAAUUCUAGAUCUGGAGGACAACGUCGUGCGCUGCCCCGAAUGUCACUGGGAAAUUGAAGAUGGUGAAUGCGGGCGCUGUGGCUUCAAUGAAAUCUAUGAUUCUGAUGGCGAACUCUUGUCCGACUACGAUUACGACUCGCAAGCGUCCCACAUGACCAAUUCGGAGUUUGAUGCGGAUGAUGAUAUCGAUCGUGACUUCGAAACGUCCCUGCGUGCAGAAGGGGCGGGAAAUCGUUAUGCCAGCUGGUCCAGGACAUCAAGUGCAUCAGAGGGGGAAGAAGACUGGCGCGACUACUAUGACGAGGAUGAUGGGAUGAAUCAUUUCAUCGACAAUGAGGCCGACGAAGAUGACGACGACACCGAGUCCACAAUGACCAUGUACAACCGACAGUGGUCAGAGAAUGAGACGCACGACAAUCUCUCGGAAGUUCCAAGUCAAGAGUCCGCGGACAGUGGUCAACGACUUAUUGAUAGGUACACCGACUAUGGUCACCGCUUGCAAAACGAAAUCUGGGAGUCUGACCUAGAGACAAACUACGAUGAAUUGACGGAAGCUUCUGAUAGCGAGGUCGCCGCCCCACCACCAAAUGGACGAAGACCAAGACCGGCGCGGGUUAUUAUCAGUGACGAUGAUGACGAUGAGGAAGAAGAAAAUGAUCAGGAGAAUGACGAAGGAGAAGACGUACAGGACGAGCACGAUGGAGAAUCCGAGGAUCAAGAUGAAGGAGACUUGUUUGAUGAACAACGUUCACCAGAGCAUUCAGAGGCCGAGGCCACUCACGAUCACUUCGAGUCAGAAGACUCGGAUGUAGGACCUCCUCAGUCGUUGGCUCGACGGAGACAGCAUUUGCGGAAUCAGCGAGCUCGACGAUACAACCAUGGUCAUCAAGUCCAGAUGGAGAGCAGCUCUAGACGAAAUAGCCCUGUCAGGCAACGCUCUCGCCAUCGUCUGAGAAGCAACACUCCUCAGAGUAAUACUUCAGGACGACGGGACGUCAACCAUCUCGCGAGCUCAGGGUUUGGUCGGCGAAUACCUGUUGGAGGUAUCUAGGCUACUCUUUAUGAUGAGAUCGGAGUUUCAACAGCUGGCAUUACUUGUCUGAAUACUAUCUAGCAGGGCGUUUUGGGAGAAAAAGGGGCUGUUUGUGGGAAGAUAGAAAUUUUCGGGCAACCCAUUUCACCGUCGCAGCUAUGGAAAACAAGGAGACGUGACGGGUUUAGGGAAAGGGAGAGAGGGCUAUCUCCAAGAAUGCCCUAGGCAUUUCGACUGCAGAGCGUACUAUAAUGCUCCCUAAAUGAAAUGAACCCCAUUUCCUGCAUUCGAGCUACUCAGAUAAAGCCUUUUCUACGCCGACGCUAUGCAUGAGGUGUGAUCAAUUGAAUAUCCCUUUCAUUCUC